CCGCCUUCUUCCGCGUCUGACAGACCGCCGCUUCUUUCGGAUCUGAGCGAGGUGAGACCUGCGGUGCCGGGGCCUCCUGGGGGGGAGGAUGAACUGGAUCGGGCGCAAGAUCCACCUCUACAAUGUCACCAUCGGCCUCUACAUGCUCGAUUGGUGGGAGCGCUACCUCUUCAAUAUAUUGAUGAUUUGCCUUUUUUGGUACAUUCUCCGGUAUCUCCUUGGGUUCUUUCAAAGUAAUCUGAAGACUCUUUUUCAAGGUGGAAACUAUCUUGUGCAAGGCAGUACAUAGCCAUGAGCAAAUGAGAUCUGUUUAUGGUUUUUAACUUAUUUGUCCAUGUAAUUCCAUCUGUUUAAUUAGUUGUUAACUGAACAACCAGAGAACUAAUGGGAAAAUUAUCACUGUGUAGCCAUUAUCUGUAUCGUCCCUGGAAGCUAAAAUGCCUUUGGUGUUCCUGUUAAUGAAGAUGAAAAAACUGAUGUGUGCAAGAUUGACCUUUUGUGUUGUA